AUGUGGCAGUACCAACUUGAGGUUGCGAUUGUCCUUGCAUCAACGGCGGUCUGCAGUCUAGUUGUCUUCCUCCUUUCACGACUGCGCGAGGGCAAAAUUCAGCUCCCGGAAAGUAUUGGCACGGAUGUAGCUCUCAGGAACGACCCCUUUGAUGUUACCGAACUCGAGGAUCUCAUCGACGGCAUACCUGUUGAUGAGGCUCGCUUCUGGAGCCAGAUGCUGCUGAGGAAGCUGAUCAUGACGGUGACCUUGGUCGUUGUCCUUGUCGUGCAAAGUGUCUUCUUGGGCUGGGCUAUCGUGGAAAACGAUGGGUUAAGUCUCGUUGUGUAUUCCCUCCAUGUCUGCGUCGCACUAUACGCGUUUCUUGUCGCUAUUCGCUCAAUAAGCCAGCGAGAUGACCUUCACGCUCAAUCUGUCUUUCAUUUGUUCGCGUUGACAUUCGUCGCUACUUUGUUGCUCGGCACGACAGCCGUCCUGCCGUCGCGUCCGUCUUUGCAUGCGAGCUUCUCUGGCGACCUCGUAGGACCCGUGGCGCUCUGGUAUACUGCUUUUUUGCUCUACUCUGUGUGCUUCUUGAUAGCUGUUACGACGCCGGUUGGUCCCCCUCUGCACUAUCCAUCGGAAAAGGUUUACUCGGACAAGACCCUCAUGUUGGUCAACACGACGGCCGAGGACAACGUUUGCGGCAUCACAGGUGCCUCCGUCUGGGAUACCUUCUUCUUCUCGUACACGACGAAGGUCGUGAUGCUCGGCAAUACCGCCGAAAGCGUAGAGAUCGCGGACCUCCCGAUCGUGCCCGCCAACAUGAGAGCGACAAACAUUUACUCGGACAUGCGCGCGGCGAUUCGCAGGUGGAAGCUUCGGAUCCGGAAUUGGCAGCCGAAGCCUGGCUCUGGCUGGGAGCUCGGCUACCGCUUGUUGCGAGUUAACACGUAUCUUCUGAGUCUGGUUAUCGCGCUUUCUUCGGUCACCGCAGUUUUGUUCUAUGUGCCUGCAUUUUUCCUGCAACGAGUUGUUUCCUACCUCGAGUCAGAUCCGCUCAGGACAGACCGAGGUUGGGGUUGGGUGUAUAGUGCAGGUCUCUUCUUCAGUAACGCCUUCGUGCAUUUGCUCACAGGUCAACUAUGGUCUCUCUCUACCACUAACCUGCAAGUUCGGCUCAAGAUCCAAUUGAACUCGACGUUGUUUGCAAAAACCCUUGUGCGUAAGGACGUCGCAUCCUCCGCGCCCCCGGCUUCUACAACCGAAAAUGGUGCUGCAACGAACGGUUCGGCCGACGGUAAGAGCGAGGCAAAACCCGAGGAAGAGGACAAUUUCUCUAGCAAGGCGCAGAUUAUGACUCUCAUGACGACUGACGUGGACCGCGUUAGCGAGUUUGCGUGGCAUUUGUUCACACUGAUUGAUUCGCCCAUUGAGGUCGCGAUCGGUACAAUCUUCUUGUACAAUCUUCUGGGCGUGUCGUGUUUCUUCGGUCUGGCUGUAACAUGCUUGUUCUUGCCUCUUAACCACUUCGCUGGGAAGGUAAUUGUGGGCGCGCAAGAUAAACUCAUGAAAGCUCGCGAUGAGCGUGUCGGCUUAAUGAAUGAAAUCCUCGGUGGGAUUCGCAUGCUCAAGUUCAUGGCUUGGGAGCGCAGCUUCGAAGCGCGAGUGAUGAAGAUUCGCGCAAGAGAACUCAAGUACCAACAGCUCAACUAUCACAUAGAGGUGUUGUUCAGCACCAUUUGGAGUGCUUCUCCGAUUCUUGUGACUCUUGUGUCUUUCUGGCAUUUCACCGUUAUUCGCGGACAAGUGCUCACACCUUCUAUUGCGUUCACUUCUAUCAGUGUCUUCAACGAGAUGAAAUUCGCCUUAAAUGCCCUCCCGGAGACGUUUAUCAACAUGCUCCAGUCGCUUGUCUCUAUGCGCCGUAUUGAGAAAUAUCUUUACGGCGCGGAGAUAGACUCAGUGCCUCCCCUGGAUGGUCUAUCUCAUCCAAUCGCAUUCCAGUCUGCAACGAUCACUUGGCCCCAGGAUCGCACUCGGUCGUCCAGUGCAGCCACCACCGCUGCUUCGACUCCCAAGAACAAGUUCGUCCUGAUGGACGUGACGCUGAACUUUCCGCUUGGCGAGCUUUCCCUCAUCUGUGGCAAGCUGGGUAGCGGAAAGUCACUCCUGUUGCUAGCUCUGCUCGGAGAGGCAGACUUGUUGACCGGACAGCUCACUUGUCCCCGUUCUCCUCCCGAUAUCCUUGCGUCGUUUGCUGACGCAGAUGUUCGCGAGGAGGAAUGGAUCGUGCCCGGUGUCUGUGCUUAUGUUCCUCAAAGUGCGUGGCUGCGAAACGCAUCCAUCAGGGACAAUAUCUUGUUCGAACUUCCUUACGUGGAAGAACGCUACCAGAAGACUCUCGAAGUCUGCGCGUUGCUCAGCGAUUUGCGGAUUCUUGAGGAUGGCGACAUGUCCGAGAUCGGAGAACGAGGAGUGAAUUUGUCGGGCGGUCAGAAGGCGCGAGUCUCUUUAGCACGUGCAGUGUAUUCGCGUGCCUCGGUGCUUCUCCUAGAUGAUGUCCUGUCUGCUGUUGAUGCACAUACUGCUCAUCAUCUGUACUACGAAUGUCUGAAGGGCGAUUUGAUGCGCAACCGGACAGUUAUCCUGGUCUCGCAUCACGUCCAACUGUGUGCACCAGGUGCGAGCUACAUCGUCGCUCUCGACAAUGGCCGGGUACAGUUCCAAGGUGAUCGGGGAAACUUCAAGGCAUCCGGCGUCCUGAACACACUUGUCCAAUCGGGCGCCGCCGACCCAUCUGACGAGAAGGAGGAGACCACAACCGUGAAUAUAGAAGAAGUGAUGGAUGCGGAAAGGAAAGAUGUGUCCGGGGAGGCUUCGGAAGCCAGCUCAACCACCGCUCUGACUUCCAACGAUGUGGAGUCCAAGCCUGAGCAGCGGAAAGCUCCGAGAAAAGUCGUCGAAGAAGAGAAACGUGCCGUCGGUCGCAUCAGCAAUGACAUCUGGAUGACCUACUUUGGCGCUGCUGGAGGUCUCGGCUAUUGGUCGCUUUUCAUCUCGGUCAUGCUUCUCGCCACUCUUGGCCCCGUUUUUGAGAAUGGUUGGCUGCGUAUCUGGACCGCCGCUGCUACGGAGACCGAGAAUGUCAGAACGCCUCUGUUCUAUGUUUGCACUUACGCUGCUAUCACUACUACCGUUCUCAUUUUUUGGACUGUACGAUGGGUUGUGCUCUAUCACGGUGGUAUUCACGCCUCCACUGAGUUGUACAAAAGACUUCUCGAGUGCGUUCUUUUCGCGAACAUCCGCUUCCACGACACUGUAUCCAGAGGCCGCCUGCUCAAUCGUUUUGGGAAAGACUUUGAGGGUGUUGACAGCAAUCUCCCGGAUAACUUCGGUCGCAGUGUCGCUUACGGAUUGUCUGCUUUGACCACCUUCGUGACCAUCAGUAUUGUUGGUGGCUUACCGUUCGUUAUCGCUGCCAUUGUUCUGGGUAUUCUGUACUACAACGUUGGCAAGGUCUACGGUCAAACUUCGCGAGACAUGCGUAGAUUAGAUUCCGUGACUCGAUCUCCGCUUUAUUCGAUGUACGGAGAAACGAUUGCAGGAGUAACUGUAUUACGGGCAUUCGGUGCUUCGUCCAAAUUUUUGCGAGAUAUGCUCCGCUGCGUUGAUACUAAUGCGAACCCUUACUAUUGGAUGUGGGGAGUUAAUCGGUGGUUGUCUGCUCGCUUCGACCUGCUUUCCAGUGCUGUGGUCGGGAUAACUGGAUUUGUUGCUAUUUUGAACCCGAGCAUCAGUGCCUCUCUUGCUGGUUUCACUCUCGCGUUCGCUUUCACAAUCACCAGUGACCUGUUGUUCUUGGUUCGGCGAUUUGUUGGCCUUGAACAGUCGAUGGUUGCUAUUGAGCGAAUCAAGGAGUUCUCCGAACUCAAGCGUGAGCCACCAGAGUUCAUUGAGCCACGCCCUCCAGCGACUUGGCCUGCGCAUGGUGCCAUCAAGUGUGAGAACCUGGUGAUUCGAUAUGCACCUGAACUACCGAAUGUUCUACACAACCUCAAUUUUGAAAUCAAACCUGGCGAGAAGGUCGGCGUGCUCGGAAGAACGGGCUCUGGGAAGAGCACGCUAGCCUUGUCGUUCUUCCGAUUUGUGGAGCCAACAGAAGGGCGCAUCCUCGUCGACGAUGUGGAUAUUUCGCAGCUUGGCCUCACCGACCUCAGGAGCAAGUUGACUAUUAUUCCCCAGGAUCCAACUAUCUUGAGUGGUACAUUACGCUCCAUGCUUGAUGUUUUCGACGAGUAUGACGACGCCGAAAUUUAUGAGGCGCUUCACCGCGUCCAUCUCAUCCCAUCAUCCGAUACCCCUGCUGAGGACGAAGAUGCGGUUAAUGCAAAUGUCUUCCGUAACCUUGACUCUCCCGUCUCCGAGGGCGGAGAGAACUUUUCCACUGGCGAGAAGCAGUUGCUGUGCAUGGCCCGGGCUAUCCUCAAGCGCUCAAAGGUGCUGUUGAUGGACGAGGCUACCGCAAGCGUGGAUUAUGCAACGGACGAAUUAAUUGGGAAGACGAUCAGACAGGAGUUCGCAGAGAGCACUAUCCUUACCAUCGCACACCGGUUGCGCACGGUAAUCGACUACGACAGAGUCAUGCUACUGGAACAGGGAAGAAUCGUUGAAUUUGACAAACCGCGAACGCUACUUGCAGACCCCCGGUCGAAGUUUCACGCACUGUGCAGGGCGACGGGGAAGAACGAGUUCGCCGUCCUCAAGAAGAUGGCGGGCGUGUCUUAG